CACAUGCACAGUCAGUCUCAUCCGCGCCUUAUGAACCAAGUGAAGAGAGCGGCUCAAAGCCUAGCUCAGAAUCUGCUCAAGAAGGCUCCAAGUGACAAUCCCACUCGAUGGGUUGAUGUGUUGAGUGUUGUUGUUGGGGCCUACAACAAUCAAUGGAACCAUGUUAUCAACAAUACGCCUGUUGGCAUGUAUUAUGCCCGACGUCUUGCCUUUUCCCCGUCCUAUCAAAAGCGUGCCACAAGGUCUAUAAUCAAGAAGAAGUAA